GAAUGUUUCCAAAAAUAUUUGGGCCAGAUAGAAAGUGCCGAUGCUUUGGUGGAAGAUGAAAUCGUUGACAAAUCAUUAAGUACAAUAAUACAUCGCAUUCUGAAGGUUGGCGUAAGGGAUCACCAAGACGAAACGUCAUCGUCGAGUUAUCAGCAGCAAAAGAAGAGUUUGCAAGACACGCUUAUUAGCCUUACAUCCAUUUGCCUCCAGUUUCUGGAAAAAACAUCCGUUCGACAGUUUACUUUUUUAUCAGCUCUCAAUAAGAUUGUUGAUGUUGGCUUGGUAUAUGGUUUCUUCAAGCAGUCCAAAAUAACAAUACACACUUCCGGAUUCAAGAACUGUUUCGCAACAGAAGAUGACAUUCAAACAACUGAGGAUGCAAUGGAAGCGGGAGCUGCCCUGAACUCUGCAAAUUGUCGGAAAAAAACUGAUGUCCAGUUGGACUCCAAAAACAGUCUAGAAAAUGCGUUUUGCUCAAUACCACCAGAUUUGUUAAUCGAAAGCCUCCGAAAAGCAGUUGAAGUGCAGUGCAGUGAGGUGAAUGGAAGCAAACGAUCCUACUGCACACCAUCUAAUCGGCUGCGGCGAUGUUGGAAGCAUUGCAGUCAGAUUUUGGUGGCUAGACUUAUCUUGUUUUUGUGCAAUUUCAAGCGCUUCCUAAACCAGAUAAGUGGAAAGAUACAUCUGAAGAAAAUUACUGAACUACUUGAUCCAACACUGGAUCCACAACUACUGUGCAUUUUGUUACAAAUGCUUGCUAUGAUCGCAAUGAAUCCAUUUGUCCACCAAGUAUUGACCGAACUGCAAAUAGACGAUGUUUUAAUUCAGCUGCUUCUUCCUGCUGACGAUUGGUAUUACACAAAUCACAGUACGAAAUACGCUCAUUUUGUCAAGCAGCAUGCAGCGAGGAUUCUUGUUUAUAUUGGCUUAGGUGAUAGGGAUAUUCCAAACGAAGAUGAGUAUAUUCAACAGACAUGUGGCUCAACGAGUUAUAAGCAAACAAACAGUCUUUCUGCCAUUUCAGUCGAGGGUUUAUUGCAGAGAACUCUUGCUGAAUUGGAGAAACUGACGAAGAAUGCAGAUGCAGAGAGCACUUUAUUCAAAGGUAUUUCAAAAGAAGGCAGUUUGGAUUCAGCCACAUUAGGAUAUUGGAAUGGCUUUGUGACAAAAAUAACUUUUGGUAAUCUAAGUGAAUACCUCACAAUGUUAAGUCUGAUUGUGGAUUCGGAACUGUUGCUGCGCUUGCAUCUUCAUAAACUUUCCUGGGAUCUGAACUUGGUGGUAAAGAGAAGACUGUCCAACAUCAAUUCCACUGGAACUUCAUCGGUCGAGCAGCAAGCUGGCGAUAAAAAGCGAAGGGAAAGCAGUGCAUUCCAAAUGUUGGGACGUGGUUUGAAGUUGAACUAUGAAAUUAACAUAAGACGUUGUCGGUCUGAAAGAGUUUCUCGCAUUGACAGUGAGACGAAGCAAAAUUUGAGACGAAUUAAGCUGAAACCCAGAAUAGCAGCGGAAGUAGCGAUGAAUUCAAUCCUGGCACAACGAGGAAAGAAAACAUCGCUUUCAAGUCCAAGCGUAAGGCAUCUUCCCAAAUAUCUCCAGAACCUUUUCCGAAGCCGACUCGGAACUGAUCCAUCAAAGAUCUCCAACAGACAUGCUGCUGAAACGAGUUCUGGAAGUAUGACGAGCAGUUCGGAAGCAGCUAUCGAAUUCACUCGCACUCUUCAAAACUAUCCGCUGGCUCGUAGAGAAGCUUUGCGUCUUAAGCACCGACCAGAAAGAUCUCUUGAAUCGCCAGAACCAUUGAUCAGCGACACAACAGACGACCUGAGAAAUACAAGCAUACCUGAGAUUGAUGUUUACAGCACCAAUUUGCCAGGGUCACCGGAUUGGAAUCCUCUUGGGUCCGCUACAACUAGUCACCGACGAUUAUCUAUGGAAUUAUGCAUCAACGCAGCCAUAAACUGCCUAGCUGAGCCGUCUAGAGGCUUACCUCUAUUACCGAUGAUUGAAGUUCAGCGGCCAUCAAUUAUGUCAACAACGUGCAAUGGGCCGUUUGGCGCUUUUAUCAGUACCACUGAUUCGACAAAUUUUAUGUAUCUUUGUGCGGGCGAUGUCCAGUCGCAGCCGCCAUCUAGGAAUUCUUCUUUUAAUUUGAUUUCUGAAGAAAGCUCACUGGAUCGCCAGUCAUUUGCCAGCCAGUAUUCGUUCACCAUCCCAAGUUGGCACUCUUCGCAGCUUAGUGAACUGCGACAACCAAUACGGACAGCGCGAACAAGUUUCACCUCAGAUACCACAUUUUUGUUCCCCUACGACCGUGAACUGUUCCGUCGUGGACGCACUGGAAGUGGCACUGCACCAACAAAAUCUCUUCUUUUGAGGCAUCAGUCCGCUUUGAGUUUGGACAGUGCUGAUAAAAUUAGGGAGGUAAUACAUUAG